ACACUUCUAGAGCUGUUGUGUACGAUUGGUUCAAUUUCUAAAAAUAUCCCGAUUCCAAAACCUCCAAUUCUAGGAGGCAAAGUCAGAAGUUUAUGUUCCUGGUCAUUAACGAUAUGACUACUAGUAAUCGCUGGAAUAAACUUGUGUCUGACAACUUUGUCUAAUGGUAACAAAUAAUCUUCAGUUCCGGUUAUCGUAUGUAGACAGUAGGAUAUUUUGUGUCAAUAGGUAUAUGCUGUCUGUGCUUACCUUAGCGCAAUAUCUGACAGAAAAUUGAUUCCCUUGACCCACUUCACAACCAUCCUUUACGUUGCUUUGUAUUCCCGCAUUCCCAAUCACUUCGCCAAAAUCUCGGUCUCCUUGUAACGUAAUUUUGACAUUUGUUCCAUUAAUGGCGUUUCUCGCUUUAGGUAUUUUUCCACUUAAAUAACCAACCACGACUUUGAAGGUUGCGGGUAUUAUCUAAAGCUUAAGUCAAGUUGAAAUAGGUGAUCCAGUCAUUGCCACAAGGAUGUAAGCUGCGAAAAAGUCGUCCGCAGAGGCUGCCAUUUUGUUGUGCGAAUUAUCCAUUACAAUUAGUAUUAUAUCUAAAAGAAAUUGCCAUGCCAAGGGGGAUCUCAUUGUGUCGUACCUGCAUUUGUCCUAAGUUUAACAUAAGGUAAAAAAUUGCGUUAGAUUUCAAGUGAAAAUAUAGGAAGCAUUUUGCCAGAAAGGUAACCUGUUUGCAAGAGCAUUUGUAGAACCAAAACUGCCAUUGCAUUCCUUUGUUCCACAAAAUGUUUAUACAGCAAUAAAUUUUUAUUUAUUCAUAUUUUUUUUUUAUAAGAAUGAUCUUUCUUAUUUAUGAUAACGUAUGAAAGAUAAUUGUUAGGCCAUACCUGCACGCCCCUAUUUCUUCUAGCUAUUUAUGACACAAUCAUAUAUAUUUUUUUAGACAACUUAAUCUUAUGUACGUCUCCCACCAAAGAUGAAUGUGGUCGAACAUGUGACUGCGUACAUGGCAGACUAACCAACUGUUACCGAGUGCGGCAAGAAUUUUCGAGUAUGUCUCUAGCAGAAAGGGAACGUUAUACGAAUGUUUUCAAAGAAAUAUCAACAAAUAAAAGAUAUAAGCAUGCAUACGAGAAGUAUUCACAAAUACAUCAUUUGUAUUUUAUCAAGGGAAUUCAUAAAGUAGAUCAGUUCUUUCCCUGGCAUAGAAAGUAAGUUUGAAUAUCCCAAAGAACUGAUUUGCGUCAAACUAUCAAAAAAUCCCGACUGUUCACAACAAGGCUCCUACUAAGUAAGUGUCCUGCCAAUUAUACGCUAUUAUCAUCUCUCGCCUUGGCUGAUUCCCAAUCAAACUCUGUCUUCUAUGAUGUGACAAGGUAAAUCAGUAGAAUGCAUUCCAGUGGCUUUAAGUAGCGUGUUAACAUUUUGACUUAUGAGCCUCUGCCUUCGUGUGUCGAAGACCACUUAUAAUGCAAAAGCUAUAUAACUGUCUUUUAGUAUUAUUAAUACGCAACCAAGCUUUACAACUACUGUGUUUUCUCCAAUUAACGUCUUGGGCGUUUUUUAAAAUUUUUAAGAUUUUUAGGGUGCUGUUUAUUAGAGAGGGGCGUUAAUAAAAGAGCGGCGUUUUUUACAAAAAAUGUUUUUUUGAUAUGUGAAAUAUUUUUAUAUAUCCUCAACCUUCUUCUUCAUCAAAGUCAACUAAAUUCUCUUUCGUUUCUCCAGAUAUCUUCUUGGUUAUGAAAAUCUAUUGCGUUUGGUGGAUUGUCGAGUAACAGUUCCUGUCUGGAAUUGGGCUUUGUACUCAGAGGUACUGUGGUCAAUCACACCAUCUUAUCACAUGUGGAAACAUAUGGGCGGAUUCGGUGGAAAUGGAGAUUUCUCAAGCACGUUCUGUGUGACCACGGGGAAGUUCAAAUAUUCACAAUGGACGACUUUAAAAAAUGUAAAAAAUGAAAGCUUAAUAGUGACUCAAACUUGCGCUGGAAAUAUCUCUUGUGUAGACAAAGCCUUAAGUAACUCUAUAUAUACAAAUUGCUUACGGCGCAGAUUUGGUGGAGAGUCUGUUUCUUUGAAAGCUGUCAAGCAUGUAAUACAAUCAUUGUCAAACGACAAAUUCAAUGAUUUGGAUGCAGUUGUUAGAGCCGAUUGGCAUAAUCGCAUGCACAACGGAGUCGGUGGUCACAUGGCAACGGUGUAUGCUUCAUACUCGCCUGAGUUCUGGAGCCAUCAUGCCAUGUUGGAUAGCAUAUGGGAUGAAUGGCAAAAGAAAGGCCAACAAUACAAGUUUGCAGCAUUUCCUGAAAGAGAUACGAUCUUAAUUGCUUACGAACCAAAAGAAUAUCAUCAUUGGUAUGUUGACAAUGACGACUUAGGAGGUUGUGGUAUAAGAGUGAAGUAUGAUGGGAUAUUUCAAGAUGAUGAAAUAGUUGGGAAGGAGAAUAAUUUAAUUUAUUUGGAUAAGAGAUUGACUGGAGCUAGUAAAGACACUAAGACUUUCAAAAAGUCAAAAAACGCGCCAAACACAGUUUUCAGACGAAGCAAAGAAGAUCAGGAUACGUUGCAGAGAGUUUACAAUCAAAUGCCAUUUUUAUACGAAGAUAAAGAGAUAUUUUUUAAUUUCGAAACAAUUCCUAUUCGUUAAUAAUUGUCCAAUGAAUGAUUUUUCUGCACUCGAGGAGAAAAUAUCUUAUUGGUUUUAACUUCAUAUUCACCUAUGCUA